AUGUUGAACCAUCCCCUUCAAGAGAACCUCAUCCCAGCGGCGACUCUCAGGAAUCUCAGCGAUCGGGUAUAUGAGAAGAGGAAGGCGGCAGCUCUCGAGAUCGAGAAUCUCGUCAAGGAGCGCAUGGAGAGUCCGUUGGGGGGGCGGCAAGACAUUGAGAGGAUCCUCACCGUCCUCGGCAACGACUAUGCGCUGUCCAGCCAGGCAAACCUCCGCAAGGGAGGUCUGAUCGGGAUGGCAGCAGCGGCGCUCGGGCUGGGAGCAGAUGCAUGGAGGUGGUUGACCUUGUUGCUACCCCCCAUCCUCAACUGCUUCAUGGAUCAAGACAGCCGUGUCAGAUAUUACGCCUGCGAGGCCUUGUACAACGUGGCCAAAGUGACCAAGACGAGGAUCUUGAAUCAUUUCAAUCAAGUCUUCCGAGGGCUGUGCCAGCUGUGUGCAGACGCUGAUCAAGGGGUGAAGAACGGGUCGCAGCUUCUUGACCAACUCCUCAAGGACAUCAUCGCAGAAAGCACCUCCUGGAACAUCUCGGAAUUCAUCCCGGUCUUGAAAGAGCACCUGGAGCACACGGGCAGCUACGUGCGGCACUUCCUCCUCGGUUGGAUCGCAACGCUGCAGUCCAUCCCUCAUUUCGAGAUCCAUAAGUACCUCUCUGAGAUUCUCUAUGGUGUAAUCAUUAUGUUGGAUGAUGACAACAAAGAGAUCAGACAGCAGGCCGAUAGUGUAUUGUCGCACUUGCUGCGAACUUUGCAGUCUUCAGAAGAUAUCAAUUACAAUCAUAUCAUGCCUGUUCUUGUAAGAUGCGCCACGUUGUCUCCACCGAAAGAAUACGGAAUGAAGGCGAACGAGUCAAGUGCGUCGUUGGAUCAAUACUCAAAGAAUGAAGACCUGGUCAACCGAGUCGCUUUGAUGUGGAUCGUGCAGCUCAUGGAGAAAGGAAAGAAGAGGAUUCUUCCCUUUACCGGCGAGCUUGUUCGGAUGCUGCUGAUGGCGGAGGAGAGCAGCGACAAGGUCAGGGAGUUGUCGAGCGAGAUCGACGACGCUCUCCGGCAGCUGCUGGAGGAGGAACAGAGAAGAAUUGAGAGCCCCAAAGCAACCUCUGGACCGACUGUUGAGGUCGGGGGAGGAUUUGACAUCGUGGAAGUUGCGAGUGCUGUGAUAGCAUAUCUGAAAGCUCCGCUGGUGGGCAGCAGGCUGAAGGCCCUGUCGUGGUUCGAUCUGCUCGUCGACAUGAUGGAGACUUGCCGGGCUGACCUCAGGACCAACCUGCUCGCUGCUCUGAUUCACGCGCUGCACGAUGAAGAGUCCGAGGUGGUUUCCAAGUCCCUGAGGAUCCUGCGGAAGCUGUCCAACAAGGGAUGGGGAGAUGUGCUGCCCAUGAUUGUCAACGCCAUGAUCCAGUUCUUUCAGUCAGAUCCCGCCAUUCUUCAGGAGAGGAGCGGAAAGAUACUGAGAGAGCUUUCCGUCAUCUUGGACUCUGAAAGCGUGUACCUGGAGUUCGCCAAGGCGCUGGACGGGAAGGAGGACGACCUGGGCUCGAGGAUCAUCGUUGAGAAAUUGACCAUCAUCCUGCUAUCAGUACCCGAGCUCUCUCCCUUCAGGAACAAACUCAUCGGUUCGAAGCCCAAACUGCUCUCGCAACAGAAUCUCAGCAUCGAGAACGAGCAAGGUCGGGCCCUGGCGUCCCGCGCUGAAGGAGAGUUGGAUCUCUUUGCUUCCCUCCUUCCAACCUGGAUGCACGUACCGGCAUGCGCUCUUGCUCUCAGCCUGCUGGCUGGCAAGUACGAGCAGUCGUACGAGCUGGUUGUGGAGAUGGGGGAUAGGAUGCGAGACCUUCCUGGGGAAGAGACCAUCUCCAUCCUCAUCCAGUUGGAUCAGCUUGUGCAGCUCAUAGAAUCCCCGGUGUUUGCUCCCAUGAGGAUGCAGCUGCUCGAACCGGCCGAGCACCCGUACCUGAUCAAGACCAUGUUCGGGAUCCUGAUGCUCCUGCCUCAGAGCGAGGCCUUCGACAUCCUACGAAAGCGUCUCAAGAGUGUGCCAGCCCUGGCGAUGCUGGCGUUGUACAGACCGAAGUGA